CGAUUUAUUCCUUUGACAAGGCAGGUAGCAAGUGGUUUGUAGUAUAAAAUAACUAAUUUUUAAUCUAAAAAAAACAUUUGGAAAUAAAAAAAUAUUGUUAAAUAAUGACUAGUCAAACUCAAGGAAUCCAGCAGCUUUUAGCAGCAGAAAAAAAGGCUGCUGAGAAAGUUGCGGAAGCUAGAAAAAGGAAAGCAAGGCGUCUAAAGCAAGCCAAAGAUGAAGCUACUGAAGAAAUAGAAAAAUAUCGCCAAGAAAGGGAAAGGCAAUUCAAGGAAUUUGAGGCAAAGCACAUGGGAUCCAGGGAAGGAGUUGCAGCAAAAAUUGAUGCUGACACAAAACUUAAAUUAGCUGAAAUGAAUCAGGCGAUUGAACAACGCAAAGAGCCCGUAAUAAAUGAAAUCCUUCAAUAUGUAUAUAACAUCGUUCCAGAAAUCCAUAGAAAUUAUCGUAAAGAUUAAGUAAAAAAAAACAAAUUCGCGCAUAAAUAAUAUAAUUGAGUGUUCUAAACUAUAAUAAUAUUAAAAUAAUGUGCAUAUAUAAAUAUACAUAAAUAAUAUGGCAAAUUUCUCGUAUAAAACUAAACAUUGUUCAUUUUUGCAGAAAAUUUCUGAGUAUUAUAAUAAUAUUAAAAUUUCUUGUUGAAUUCAUGUAAAUAAAUACCAAUUUCAUUGGUUUUAUUAGAAAUAAUGUAUAUAAAAGUGUUAUGUAGUUUAUCUUUCAAAAAUAAGUUUUUAAUUCUUAUGUACCUAUUUAAUUAACUUUUCUUUGUGCAAUAAGAAAUCGUAGUAAUGAAUUACUUCCUUUGAAACCAAUUUUUUAUGUGUAUAUAAUUUGUUUCCGACACAGAAAAAGAAAUUCAAAAAUUAAAAUUUAGAUGGUGUACAAUAGUACCACUGCGAUAGUUAUCUUGAAAAAAUCGUUAAGCAUUCUUACAAAUAUCAAAAAACAAAUGAAAAUCUUAAGACAUUUAAGUAAUUACGUAGGUUUUUUAGUUAAAAGAUUUAUGAAUGGUUUUUUAGUUUUAUUAAUUAAAUUACUCUUUUAAAUUGCUUCAUUUGAUGAUUAAUAUGCAAUAUAUACUUAUAUUUGUAAACUCAUACAUACUUAUGUUUUUUUGUAUUUUAUGUGAAAGUAGUAAAAAAAUAAGAGCAAAUUAAAAAAAUUGGAAAGCCUUACUUUCUUAAGAUAUACUAAAAA